AUGACACAGGCACUGGACAUGACAGAAAUGACACAGGCACUGAACAUGACAGAAAUGACACAGGCACUGAACAUGACAGAAAUGACACAGGCACUGAACAUGACAGAAAUGACACAGGCACUGAACAUGACAGAAAUGACACAGGCACUGAACAUGACAGAAAUGACACAGGCACUGAACAUGACAGAAAUGACACAGGCACUGAACAUGACAGAAAUGACACAGGCACUGAACAUGACAGAAAUGACACAGGCACUGAACAUGACAGAAAUGACACAGGCACUGAACAUGACAGAAAUGACACAGGCACUGAACAUGACAGAAAUGACACAGGCACUGAACAUGACAGAAAUGACACAGGCACUGAACAUGACAGAAAUGACACAGGCACUGAACAUGACAGAAAUGACACAGGCACUGAACAUGACAGAAAUGACACAGGCACUGAACAUGACAAAAAUGACACUGGGCAUGACAACUUCACAAGCAGUUGUCGUGGCAUCAGGGUGGAUUCUAACUAUAAUAAUGGCAGUGCUUGCAGUGCCCUGUGUGGUUUGUGGCGUGGCCGUGGCUGUAUAUUGGGUAAGAAAACGACUCAGGGAUGGAAAUAGUGCCCCGCUUGCUCAGGUGAACAACAUGGCGACGGGCCGAGUUUCAAGCAACACUCUCUAUGACCCAAAGCAAAUCACCCAUGUUGGUGAUAGUUUAAAGACAGACACAGAGUCUGAUAUGUAUGAAACUAUACCUGACUGAGCGACAUGUAGCGACUGAAGGGUAGCCAUGUGUAUUGAUGUACCUGCUCGAUAUCAUCUUUAGACUGCUAGCGGAUAAAAUGAGUCGUAAAAUGAGUUAUAAGUGAAAAAAGGGUGGAAAUGAUCAAAAUGUACAGG